CAUUUUGCGAAUUCCCUUAAUUUUAAAUUUACACGACGCUUCACCAACAUUGCUGACCAUCUCUUGCUGCUUCCUCGUUCCUCUUUCCUCUUUCCUACUCCACCCACGUUUUCCGUCACCGUCCUUUGACAAACUCCGGUGCAUUCUGGUCCGGUACCACUUUAACCCAACAAACGAAAAAGGGUCAUGUUCGUGAUUUUUCAUUUCUAUAACCCUAAGAUCAAAUUAAUCAACCCUUUCAUUCUCAUUUACAUGGGCGUCUCCUAAUUCUCUCCAAAUGAAAGUUUCAUUCUUGAUGAGGUUUCUACUGCUGCCAAUUUUAACACUAGUCUUUGGCGUCCAUGUAGCCUUGGUUUCUGGCGUAUGCCAGAAUGAUCAGCAAUCCUUGUUGCUCCAACUAAACAACACUCUCGCUUUCGAUCAAUCUAAGUCUGUAAAACUGGUAAGAUGGAAUUUCAACGCAGAUUGCUGUGAGUGGGCUGGUGUAACCUGUGAUCUGGGUGGUCUGGGUCGCGUUAUUGGCCUCAAUUUGAGCAAUGAAUCAAUUUUCGGCGGACUUGAGAAUUCAAAUGCACUCUUCAGCCUUCAAUAUCUCCAGAAUCUAGAUUUGUCUUUCAACAAUUUCAACACAAGUAUACCACAGAGUUUUGCCAACCUUUCAAGUUUGGUUUCUCUAAAUGUGUCCAACGCUGGUUUUGUGGGUCAAAUUCCAGUUGCGAUUUCACGCAUGACAACGUUGGUCACACUGGAUUUGUCUUCUAGCCUUUAUUACUUGGGACAUCGUUCACUGAAGCUUGAGAAUCCAAAUCUCGCAAUGCUAGUUUUAAAUCUCAACAGGCUCAUAGAACUCCAUCUUGAUGGUGUAAAUAUAUCCUCACAUGGGAAUGAGUGGUGCAGAGCCUUAUCGUCUUCACUGCCUAAUCUGCAAGUAUUGAGCUUGUCCAGUUGUUUUCUUUCAGGCCCUAUUGAUUCUUCUCUCGUAAAGCUUCCAUCUUUGUCAGUAAUUCGUUUGAACGGCAACAAUUUAUCUGCCCCAGUUCCAGAAUUCUUCGCAAAUUUCUCCAAUUUGAAGAUCUUGCGCCUCAGUGAUUGCAGUUUGCAAGGAAAGUUUCCUCCAGAAGUAUUCCAGGUACCAACACUUGAGAUUCUGGACUUAUCAUACAACACAGAGCUGUGGGGAUCCUUGCCAGAUGAUUUGCAGAAGUCCUCUCUUAAGACCUUGGUGCUUAGCAACACAAAUUUCUCAGGGAGCCUACCGGAUUCCAUCGGCAUACUUGGGAAUUUGUCCAGAAUAGAGCUUGCAGCUUGCAAAUUCAAUGGAUUGAUUCCAAUGUCAAUGGCCAAGCUCACUGAACUAGUCUAUUUAGACUUCUCAUCUAACUCGUUCAGUGGCCCAAUCCCAUCAUUUAGCAGGUCCAAGCAACUCGUGUAUAUAGACUUCUCUCACAAUCAAUUGUCUGGUGAGAUUCUGUCCACUCACUUCGAAGGCCUUUGGAAUCUUCUCUAUAUCGACUUGAGGUUUAAUUCAAUUAGUGGGAGCAUUCCUCCAUCUCUGUUCGCAAUCCCAUCGCUGCAGAAGAUUCAGCUUUCCUUCAACAAUUUUACGGGUCAACUUCCAGAGUUCUCAGGUGCGUCAUCUUCUUCUUUGGAUACCCUGGAUUUGAGUAGCAAUAAACUAGAAGGCUCCAUUCCCAGUUCAAUAUUUGAUAUCAAAAGACUCAAUGUCCUCCUACUUUCAUCCAACAAAUUCAAUGGCACCACACAACUAGAUGGGAUUCAGAAGCUUAGCAAUCUCACCAAGAUAGAUCUUUCAUACAAUAACUUGACGGUGGAUAAUGCUAGCAAUUCGACCUCAAGUUCCUUUCCCCAGAUCAGCACAUUAAAACUGGCUUCUUGCAAGUUGCGUAUGUUUCCAAAUCUGAGCAACCAGUCAAAAUUAACAUUGUUAGACUUGUCAGACAACCUAAUAACUGGGGCAGUUCCUCAUUGGAUUUGGAAAGUUGGGAAUGGGUCUCUCCUUUAUCUGAAUCUUUCACAUAAUCUCUUGGAUGAUCUGGAACAACCUCACUCAGCUCCCAAUCUUGUUGUCCUGGACCUGCAUUACAACCGGCUCAAAGGGCGGAUUCCAAGUUUUCCACCAUCUAUUACUUACGUGGAUUACUCGAGCAAUCACUUCACUUCUAGCAUACCAGACAACAUUGGAACUAACCUCUCAGUGGCUAUUUUUUUCUCCCUUUCAAACAACAGCCUCACAGGCGUUAUACCAGAGUCGAUAUGCAAUGCUACUAGUCUUCAAGUUCUUGACUUGUCCGGCAAUGACUUGAAUGGUAGAAUCCCAUCCUGUCUAAUUGAGAGGAGUGAGAAUCUUGGCGUUUUGAAUUUGAGGAAAAACAACUUCGGUGGCAACAUUCAAGACAAUUUUCCGGCAAAUUGCAAUUUGAAAACUCUAGAUAUGAGUCGGAAUCUAUUGGAGGGGAAGGUACCACAAUCUUUGAUCAAUUGCAACACGUUAGAGGUUUUAGACCUUGGAAGCAAUAAAUUCAAUGAUACUUUCCCAUGUCUUCUGAGGAAUAUGUCCAGUUUGCGAGUUCUUGUUUUGCGAGAUAACAAUUUUUAUGGGAACAUAUCAUGUAGACGGACAGAUGUCAAAUGGACCAACCUUCAGAUUGUUGACAUAGCUUCCAACAAUCUUAGUGGUAGACUACCAAAUAUCAUCCUAUCUAGUUGGAAAGCAAUGAUGGGAGGUGGAAAUGAAACCCAUGAUCACCUGAAAUUCGAAGUUCUGCGGCUUGGCCAACUGUAUUAUCAAGAUUCGAUAACAGUUACCAGCAAAGGCCUUGAAAUGAAUUUGGUGAAGAUCCUAACAGUCUUCACAUCCAUUGAUGUCUCUAACAACAAUUUUGAAGGACUAAUACCAGAAAGGUUGGGGCAGUUAAAUGCACUCUAUGUUCUUAACUUGUCGCAUAAUGCUCUUGUUGGCCGAAUCCCAUCAACUUUAGGCAGCAUCUCACAUCUGGAAUCUUUAGACCUUUCAGAUAACAAACUGACUGGAGAAAUUCCUCAGCAGCUUGCAGAUCUAACAUUUCUUUCAGUCCUGAACCUUUCAUUCAACAUGCUAGUCGGAAGGAUUCCUACGAGCACUCAACUCCAAUCAUUUUCAGCAGCUUCCUUUGAGGGUAACAAAGGAUUAUGCGGUCCUCCUUUGGCAGAAAAUUGUACAAAUACCAGUGCAUCACCGACUACAAGGCAAAAAAACUCGAGAUAUGAAUUUGAUUGGCAGUUCAUAGUCCCUGGACUGGGUUUUGGGCUUGGGGCAGGAGCUGUUGUUGCUCCGUUCAUGUUCUUGAAGCAGACAAAUAAAUGGUUAGAUAAGCGUAUAGAUAAAAUUCUUAUGGUGCUUCUUCCAAUGUUGGGAUUGAUAUACUAUACAAGUGAUGAUUGGAGGAUUGAACCUGGGGAAACUUUUGAAGAAGAUAUAACAGAUGUUGACGAUAGUGAUGAAGAGGGAGAUUUUUUUGGAGGAAGGUAUUGUGUCUUCUGUACAAAACUCGACAUCACGAGGAAAAGAGCCAUUCAUGACCUGAAAUGCACUUGUUAUAACUCACCACCCAUAUCUUCUUCUUCUUCAACUUUUUCUUCUCGUUCAUCCUCCGGUUCUUCAUAGGCACAGUAUAAGCAAGGAAGAGGGUAGCUGUAAUCUUUCUUUCUUUCUCUCUUCUCCUUUUUUGUCUUCUUAUUUUCCUUUACAAAUUUUCUCUUUCUCUUGUUGUGUAAUUUGUAAAUAGUACAGAAAGUAUCAACACUAGAAAAGGGAUGAUGAGAACAUUACCUGAAUUGUUUCACGA